GCUCGCCGCUCCCUCCGGUCACGCCGCCCGCGGGCAAUGUCCGUGAGUAGACAAAGGCUUCCAAUUAAUUAUCUGUAGGGUACAUUCACUAUCUCCUCCUCUUCUUCAGAAAUUACCAAUUGUUGUUCUCGCUGCAUUGGAUUGACAUUCGAAGCUCUUAUGGCCUUUCUUUUUACAUUUGUAACAUAUUAUUGUAUUGGUUUUGAAUGCCAUCUGAUGGAAUUAUUGGUUUUGCUCAUCCUGUCCUGCACUCCUUAGUUCCUCAUCCAGUAAUCUUCCUUUCACAAAAUCUAAUGUCAACUUUUCAUUCAUUGUAUCCAGUGCCGAUACCAGUGUUAUAUUUUUCAGUAAGUCCCAACAAAAGAUAGGUAAUUUUCUCAUCUUCAUCAAGUUUCUUGUCUGCAUUCUCUAAUUCUCUGAUUAUUGACUCGAAUUUCAGGAAAUAUUCCUCCAAUUUUUCAUUGUUUUGCAGUUUUAGGGUUAGCAAGUUUUUCCUUAUUCGGCUUACGAUUGAUUUUCUUUCUCUCGAAAAUAGAACACAAAAUGGCAAACAUUUAUUUUGUUGUUUUUGCAGCUUUCACCAGAUCUAAAUGUUUGUCGGUGAUGCACUGUACGAUUAUGGAUUUGGCACGCGAAUCAUUAUUUUUAUCUACAUUAAUUUUUAACACCUUUAAUAUGUAAUUGACCUAUGUUCCACAAAUAAACGAAUUUUGAUUUGAUUUUGAUUUGUUACAUUUUUGGCGUCCUCGUGCAAUGUGUCGAUUAAGCCGGGUUGACACGUUACGAGACAGCUCGGACCGAGUCAAGUCCGAGUACACUCGUACGAGUCAGCGUCAUACGAGUGUACUCCUAUAGUGGUUUACACGUUCAUAGUGUACUCUUAUCAAAGCUCAUUCAAUUUUGCACCAAUUUUGUGUCAACUCUCGGAAAACACUGAUCUGCUCAACAUGGAACAGACUGAUCUGCUGUUGCAAGGUAUCACAGUUGUUGCAGAUAUACUAAUAAAAGAAUUGAACAAUAUAAGCAAAGAAACAAGCAAUGUAAGAAGGAAGAAGGAACGAAAGAAGAGAUCAAUUUGGACCCGCGAAUGGAUAUUAAGGCGUGAAAAGAAGGGAGCAUCAGAUAAUUUUCUCCGAGAAGUACGCUUGGAAGACAAGGCCACUUACAAGAAUCAUUUGAGGCUGAACGUUCAACAAUUUGACUAUCUGUUAGAAAAAGUAACGUCGAAAAUACAGAGAGCCGAUACAGUAAUGAGAGCUGCUGUACCUGCAAAAAUAAAGCUACAAAUAACUUUGCGUUACUUAGCUACUGGAGAUAGUUUUCAAAGUUUAGAAAGUUCUUUUCGAGUUCCAAAGAGCACCAUAUCCAAGUUUCUUCCAGAAGUCCUAGAUGCAAUAUAUGAAGGAUUGGAGGAGUACAUAAAGAUCCCGAAGACAACUGAAGAAUGGACAAAUAUUUCAAGAGUGUUUGGUAACCGUUGGAACUUUCCUGGAUGUUGUGGGGCCCUAGAUGGAAAGCACAUCAAUAUACAACAACCAAUCGACAGUGGAAGUGACUUUUUUAAUUAUAAAGGUAAAAGUAAUCAUCCAUCUCGGUUGGCAGAGCAACGAAGAACCAAUUAUAAAAAUUACUUCAUUGGAGAUGGCUCCGUCCCAUGGCAAAGUAGCAGAAUAUUUUAAGAAUAUCUGUGACAUUAUAAAACUACAGCUAAUAAAUUUAAAUACAAAUGUUUAAAUGUUUUAUUAAUACUACAUAGCUUUCUGUCAGCCCGCUGUUUAAUAAGUUUUCCCGUGGGAAUAGUGUACCUACUUUUCCGCGGCCUAUGUUACUCAGGCAGGAUGAAGUUUUUGAGUUUAUUCGUUUCAAAUAGACACACAAACAUAAAAAUCUUAUAAUAUUAGUAAGUAUAGAUAAAUAAACUUACCACAUUCUGAUAAGUUUUCCUGCUUUUUAUGACCCCAGAUAAAAAUCUGUCGGCGAUUUCGUACCAAGCCAACGAAGGAACAUAAACAUCAUUAGCUCCUGAUCCGGUCCCAGUAGAUUUUUUAAUUUUUAGUUUUUCCUGGUUGUAUGUGCUGCGAAUGUUAUUUAUUUUCGUGUUCACAUCUUGAAUUGUAAUAUCCAUGUUGAGGUUAUGUAUAAUGCGCUCAAUAGCGGCAUUUCGGGCAUCUUUGAUUUUAUACUCUUUAAGUCUCACGUUCCACAGCAC